GAUAACAGCAGCAGCCUCGGAGCUAAAACCAACGUGACAGACUGUCUUAAUAACACCACCCGAGCCAACAGCAGCAGUUUCAGAGAGAGCCUAAUUUCGUCUAGACUCAAGAAUACACGGCAUACGGAGACUACGUGUUGUCAUUCGUCGACUGCUGCAUAAGGAUAACGAUUUAAUUCCAGAUCGAGACUUUCUUGCCAACCGGCUCGAACAGAAACGAACGCAAAACGCAGUGGAUGUUGUUGCAUUGUUCGCGUGAAAGGAAGAAUAUCGGUGGUUUGCAGCAUAUCCGCGUGCAGUCUCCCGGAACCGUACUGGAAAUAUCGUUACGCUGGAUACCGAUUUCAUUAGAAUCAUUGCAUCGCGUUGGAUUCAACAGCCUUAUAUUGAACUUGGCCUGUAGUGGAAACAGCUUAGCGAUUCUCCAGCGUUUUGCUACAUUUAUGGAAUUUAUAUUUUUUUGACCACUCGGUUCAACAGAUUGUGCUGUGCAUUUUGCUAUGAUUAUCAUUUGACUAUUACCCUCUUAAAUUAUUUGCUCGACCAACUCAAGCAACUGCAGCUGUCGCUUUGUCUACAUCACAGCAAAUGGGAAUGGAUAUCACGAUACAAAAGAGCCAGCACUCUGUGAAGGUCUAAAGAACAUCCAGGCUCUUGCCCUUUUUCCUUUUGCGGUCCCUUAUGCUCAAUGACUGCUGUCUCCGGGUCACUGCAGGAUGGAUAAAGUGGAUUUGACAGUUUUUGUCUGUCACCGUCAGUGCUAUCUUCUCAGUGACUGUGUCUUAUUCUUUUACGUUUAUAAAAGAACACCUCCUCUCUUGGGCUCUGGCCCCAUACACUGUAAGAGUAACUGUUAAUAAGGAAUACCCCACGGAGGGGCCCUCCAGCAAACUCUGUGGUUCACGUGAGCUUUUAUUUUUUUUUGCAUAGCCUAUUUUUUGUGCCACAGUCAGGAGUUUGAUUGGAACAGGACAUUUUCUACAAAAGGUUAACGUUUACAUUUGAGUUUCUUCAUUAUAAUUUAUUUCUACUUUUGAGAUUUUAAUUUUUUUUGCUUGGAGAGAUGUCGUCAGAAAAUCCCAACAAGGUGGUGAACUUCUUGGCCCCACCACCUACAAAGAAUGUGAAUGGCUCUGGUUCUGACUCACUGGUGGGUGAGAAGCUAGACACGGAGGUCAGAAAGCGGCGUCACACCAUGGAUAAAGACCUCAAGACGGCCGAGCACAGAUUUUUUAGGCGCAGUGUUAUCUGUGAUUCAAAUGCCACAGCCCUCGACCUGCCUAGUAAAGCCUGCAUCCUCACUUCGCCACCGGACUGUGAGCAGUUUGUUGUGCCUGUAGUGCUGGGUUCUGCACCUGACAUAACAACUGACCCUCGUGUGGUUGUUUCAGGUGUCGUAGUGGAAGAACAUGCAGAGGAUAUUGAUAGUGGUAAAAGAGGGGCUGGAGUUCAUGGGAUAGUGGCGGUACAGAGUCCAUCUGUUCAGGAUGUGGGUGCAAGGCAGAGUGAUGCUCUUGGGAAAGUGGAGACAGAGCCCAGCCAUGUGGGUGACCAGGAACAGGACAGGGGAGCAGCUGAUAAACGUGAGGAAGAGGUGGCAAAGGCCCGUGCAGAGGCUGAGCUGAGGGAGGCUGAGAAGAAAGUUCAGGAUGACAUAGAAGAAGUGGAGACCAAAGCAGUGGGCACCUCACCUGAUGGACGAUUUCUCAAAUUUGACAUUGAGAUUGGACGUGGCUCGUUCAAAACGGUCUACAAGGGCUUGGACACUGAGACAACUGUGGAAGUAGCAUGGUGCGAACUCCAGGACCGAAAGUUGUCGAAAUCAGAGCGUCAGCGGUUUAAAGAGGAGGCAGGCAUGUUGAAAGGGCUGCAGCAUCCAAACAUUGUGCGUUUCUAUGACUCGUGGGAGUCGCCGUCCAAAGGACGCAAGUGCAUUGUGCUGGUGACGGAACUCAUGACGUCAGGUACCCUAAAAACGUAUCUGAAGCGGUUCAAGGUGAUGAAGAUAAAGGUUUUACGGAGUUGGUGCCGACAGAUCCUGAAAGGCCUGCACUUCCUGCACACCAGGGGCCCUCCCAUCAUCCACCGGGACCUUAAAUGCGACAACAUCUUUAUCACCGGUCCCACUGGCUCUGUUAAGAUCGGUGAUCUCGGCUUGGCCACCCUCAAGCGUUCCUCAUUCGCUAAGAGUGUCAUAGGUACCCCAGAGUUCAUGGCGCCUGAGAUGUACGAGGAAAAGUACGAUGAGUCCGUGGAUGUGUACGCCUUCGGAAUGUGCAUGCUAGAGAUGGCUACCUCUGAGUACCCGUACUCUGAGUGUCAGAACCCCGCUCAAAUCUAUCGUCGAGUCACCAGUGGAGUUAAACCUGGCAGUUUCGACAAGGUAGCCAUUCCAGAGGUGAAAGAGAUCAUAGAAGGAUGUAUUCGCCAAUACAAAGAUGAAAGAUACGCCAUCAAGGACCUUCUGAACCAUGCAUUCUUCCAGGAGGAGACUGGGGUGCGAGUGGAGUUGGCUGAAGAAGACGAUGGGGAAAUGAUCGCCAUCAAGUUGUGGUUGCGCAUUGAAGACGUCAAGAAACUGAAAGGCAAAUACAAAGACAACGAAGCCAUUGAGUUCUCCUUUGACCUCAGCAGGGAUGUUCCAGAAGAUGUGGCUCAGGAAAUGGUUGAGUCAGGCUAUGUUUGCGAGGGCGACCACAAAACCAUGGCCAAGGCCAUCAGGGACCGUGUGGCCCUGAUCUGCCGCAAGCGCGAACAACGACAGCAGGUGCGAGCCGAGCAAGAGAAACGCAAGCAAGAGGAAGAACAGAAGCAGCUGUCCAGCGAGUCUUUGAAAAACGUGUCCGGUUCUACAGGAACCCAAGGUUCUGUGCAGAGUCAUUGCGGAUCCCAGCCUCUCACACCUGGCCUCGUCCAACCUGAAUGCGAGGACCACGAGGCAGAGCAGCAGCUUCAGUACCCUCAAGCAGCUGACGGGACUUUUGACAGUGGUCAGGGUUCUUCUGUGUUCUCAGAACCUCACCUCAGCCAGCUCAACAUGUCUUAUAGCUCACCCGCAACGUCACAACCGCAGCAGGUUCCUGGACAGGGUGCAUACCCUCCCACCUCUCAGGCUCCCCAACAGCACACCGCAUAUCCCCAGCAGCCCAUGCCGCAGUCAGUGAGUCAGCCGUACGGUGGAGGAGGCUCAGGUCUGGUCGAGCCCCCACUGUUUUUCCCUACCAUCCCGGAGCGGCCUGUCUCUUUCUCACCCCCUCCAUCUUGCCCGCCUAAAGGUUUCAACGUGCAGCGGCGCAAGAGCACCUCAAUCCUUGAGGCCCACACGCAUCACUUCCAGCCCGCCUACCACCGCAGCUACGGCAGUAGUCUGCACCCGUUCUCCGGCGUGGAUGCCAUGGGACCCGGCGUCGAGCCCUCCUUGUUCAUGAUGCAAGGAAUAGCCACUCAAAGAUUGGCCGAACCACUGCAUCUGCAGCCUCCGACGGAUUCUCUAUACGGAUACAAAGAUGUGAGGGCAGAGCAUGAGGAGGCAGUCCGUAGGCUGAGCCUCAACCAGGCUGCAUUAAUGGACCAUCUUGAAGCGAUGGCCUAUGCCGGCUACCCUAUGACACCACAUCAGUUAAGCCACAUCAGUUUCCAUCAGCAGAUGCAUGCUGCCGCUGCUGCCAGCUUGGCUUAUGAGGCACUACCACAGCCUGGGCCAACUUACCUGCACCCUCAUGUCCAGAGCCACAUGCGCUUGACCCAUAGUCCCAUUCCUCAGAUUCCUCCAAUGAGUGUGCCUAGUUCCGCCCCUGUGGCACAGCCAACAGUGGCAGCUUCGGAAUCGGUCUACCAGUCCCACUUGUUUCCCCAUUCUGCACCACCUGUCUUAGCCCAAACUGCCGAGCCCUGCCCUGCCUUUGAAAUCCAUAUGCACACCCUCCAAGCAGACCCAGCCAUGCUGGCGUCCAGACUUUACAGAGCCCGCCGUGGCUCCAUGGACCUUAACUUGGAGGAAGUGGCCUGUAACCCAGGCAUAUGCAGUCGAUUGCAGCCUGUCACAGAAGAACUGUACAGCUAUGUAAGCCCAGAGCUGCCCCUUCCCCCAGGUAGCUUGCUUCUCCAUGGACAUAAAGACCACAGUCCUGAACCUUCAAGUGACUCAAUGACCUCUUCCGAUGCUGGGGAUUUCCAUUCACCUCCCCCUCAUCAAUUGUACCAACCUCUGGACUGUUCAGCUGCUCAAUCCAUUCCACAAACUUCUUAUUACAAAGCUGUCGGAGGGAGCAACGUCAGUGACGGACAUCCACCCAGUCAGCCAAUGUUUCUGUUUGUUCCACCUUCCGAAACGACCUGCGUUCCGUCCUCUCACAUCAGCACUCUGCACAGUAACUGGGCCCGGCAAACAACCCUUCAGCCAGACCUCACAUACCACGAGCCUGCCCUGUCCCAUCAGGGCACUGCCUUGCAGGUGCAGGUCCCUAUUCCCCAGUCCACAAGUGCCGGAUCCCUGAUUUCCUGUAGCACGCCAUCGGCCGUCCCUGCUCCUCAGCAGUAUGGAGGUUACUACGUCCAAGCACUCCCUUCGCAGGCUGCUGUUCCGCAGCAGGUCUCUCUGGCGCCCACAUUCCAGCCUGGUGUCUCAAUAGCCCAACAGCAAACUCCCCAACAGUCUACCAGCACCAUGGUUCAGACCACCUCCCAGACGCAUGUCCAGCCCGGGCCGCAGCCCACACAGACAUCUCACACCAUCUCCCAUACUUUGACAACAGAGCUGUCACAACUUCAAACUCCGGCACUGGAGAGCUGUCACUCUGAUGUGGCGUCUGGGCUCAGUGAUGGCAAUGAGGGCAUAACGGGUGGCAGGCAUGAGGGCCGUUCUGCCAAACGGCAUCAGCGAAGAUCAGUGCGCAGCCAUUCACGCCAUGAAAAGACCUCUAAAGCCAAGCUCAACGUUCUCAAUAUCUCCAGCAUGGGCGAUAGAGUUGCGGAGUGUCAGUUAGAAACGCACAACAGGAAAAUGGUGACUUUCAAGUUUGAUCUCGAUGGAGAUAACCCAGAGGAAAUUGCACAGAUAAUGGUUCAGAGUGAAUUCAUUCUAGAGAGCGAGCGCGAGUCCUUCAUUGAACAGAUCCGAGAGGUUAUAGAAACAGCAGAUGAGAAAGGUGUGGAAAGAGAGCGCAGCCAGACGGUCACCAAUCAAGAGCAAUAUAUACCUACCACAUCUACACCUCUUGAGCAAGGUAUCCCACCUAGUUCAGCUGCCCAGGUGGUCCACUCAGCAGGCCGCAGGUUUAUCGUGAGUCCAGUUCCCGAGUCCAGACUGAAGGAUCAGUUCUUCAGUUCGCCCCAGCCUGCAGUUCACCUUCGAGAAGAGCCUUCAUCCUCAGCUUCAGUCGCACCACCUGCCCUGGGGCUCUCUGUGUCUGCGUCUGCAGUCAGUCUGCAGCAGGCAUUCUCCGAGAUGCGUCAAGGCCGGUUUGAACCUGGUCCCAGCACUGCGCCACCUAUGCUUCAUGCCACUAUGCCUCCACUAUUACCUGCUGCAACACCCUUGCCCACCAGUGCAGCCCCAGUGGCCUCACCCUCAAUAGCAUCAGUGUCUUCUGAAGUAAUUUCUUCACCAUCUUUACCUUCCGUCUCAGUCAACCCACAAGGGUCAUCUUCUCCUACCCUUCAGCAGUUGCCUGCCUCUGCUGUGGCAUCCCCUGCGACACAUCCACAGCCAGGCACCCAGCUCCCUUUGCCUCCAAGUCAAGUUGUACCUGCCGUCAUCAGUGUUAUUUCCUCCCCCUCCUCUCUGCCUGUGCCAGUUGUGCCCAACACCAUCCCCUCCUCUACAUCAUUCCUCCAAACAUCAGUCCCUAUGCCUGCACCCAUUAGCACAGCUGUACCUACUGCCCCCACCCCCCUCGCUCACCCUGUGGCUCCUGUGAAUAUUGUGGGCUCUGUUUCCGGAGGCAGUGGUGAACAGCCGCCCACUCCCUCCACCACAGCUCAGCUCACGCCGGCAGUGAUCCCUACCACAGCCAUUCAGACGCCACAACUCGCACCAUCCACCAUCGCCACUACGGUUAUUCCCAUAACAGUUGCCCAGCCACAAGUGCCCACCCUCCAACCGGUCACCACCAACAUACCAGUUGUGCAGCCCACGCCUGUGCACAGCCAACUUCAGAUCGCCACUGUGCCCAACCAGAGCCACGCGCAUUGUGUGGAAUGCGACAACGACCCGCAGGGAAAAUGUGUCGAUGACAUCCAAGCUCUGGAUAAGAAGCUGCGCUCUCUCUUUAUGGACCUAGGCUCUGGUCCUCCCUCUGCCCAAACAGAUGCCACAGACCCCAUGACUACCCCAGGUGUCCCUGGGAGCUCCUCACCAACUAACUGCACCACCCCUUGUGGCACCCCUCUCCCUCCAUCUAGUUUACCCUUGAACACCUCCGGCCAGCCCACGGGUUCCCCGAUGACUACCAUGGGUAAUCCCUCCACCCCUGUGGGCUACGGUCAGACAACCCCAUCCAAAGCUCCUUUAUCAAGAUUACCGGUGUUGCCUGUCGGCCCAGAUCAGGCUGGCACGCCGCCCACAGAGCACCUACCACCCUUCCCAGGACCUUGUUUAACUCAGUCCCAGCAGCCACUGGAAGAUUUAGAUGCCCAACUGAGAAGGGCACUGAGUCCAGAGACCGUCCUAAUCAACAGUGUCACACACCAGUCCUCUUUCACCGGUAUGCCACCUGGAGGACAGCCAGUUCCAUUUUCUCUAGAUGGAGAUCCUGCACCUGUACCUGCGGUUGGAGGCUACAAACUGGGACGAUUCCAGGUGUCAGUAGCUCCUGAUGAGUGUGCCCAGCAGGAUCCCCCCAGCUCCCAGAACUCAUCUUCCUCCACCACCACCACCUCCUCAUCGUCCUCCACCACUUUCUCCAGCCCUGAAAACACGUUGCACAGAACCUCCUCUCCACUCAGAAACACAACAGCAGAUGUGGUCGACGGCCUCACCGCUCUCCCCAGACAGACUACCGCCUCCCCCCAGCACACCACCAUCGGCCGUUUCCAGGUCACUACCAAGACGGACACCAAGGUGGGGCGUUUCUCUGUGAGUAGCGCCCAGGACGAGGCUCCUCUUGCUAGCCUGCAACCCCCAGAACCCCAGCCAUUACUUCAAGCCCAUCCAGCCAUGGGAAACGGUCCAGCCCAGAGUCCUGGCAGCCUCAACAACUCCGUCAGCUCCUACUUAAGCAGUGACAAUGACUCUGAAUUUGAAGACGAAGACUUCAAAAGAGAAGUCAGCAAGCUGAGAGAAAAACACAUGAUGGAGAGUCAGGCCUUGUACAGCCGACAAAAGGCAGAGAUCGACGCCCUUUUCACCCGCUUAGGCAAAGUUCCACCUGCUAUGGUCAACCCGCCUGUAGUGAACUCAGCUGGUCGCAGACGACGUCCCACCAAGAGUAAAAGCAGCAAAUCCAGCCGUGGCAGUUCCCAGAGCAGCAAGAGUCCCAUACAGCCAGCAGCCAGCACUUUAUCAGCGCAGAGCGCUCCCUCCGUGUACCCGUCCCAGCAGGGGUUCCUGGCCCCUGGGGGGAUGAUAGAUGGAGGGAGCAGCCCUCUGCUUCAGUCCUUCAAGCCCUCUAAUGAGAACAUCUGCUCUGCUUACACCAGUGACGCCACGCUCUCUGCGCCCAGUCUGUGUGUCACCUCGCAAGGCUGUGUAAAGUUCAGCUGUGGGUCGGAGAGAGUGACCUUCAAACCAGGUGGCAGAAGGACGCGUUUUCUGAGUACGCCCUGCUUGGCUCUUUGGAAGAUGGUGAAAAAAGUGUGCCCCUGCAACCAACUCUGUAGGACGAGCAGUACCAACACAGUGGCGGGAAGCAGUCUGAAUCAAAUCCAGCCGCCUGUCUCUCAGUCUCAGAGCUGCAAGGGCAUGUUCACAGACGAACUGCACAAGCUGGUGGACAACUGGGCCAGGGACGCCAUGAACCUGUCCCAGGGCAAGAGAGGCUCCAAACAGCAACAACAAGUUCCUGCUCAGAGCCACAGCUAUGAUAUGGUCCCUCCUGCCAACAUGGGUCGUAAAUACUCUGCUCCAGGCCAGCUGUGCCCGAGCAUUGCUUCUACCCUAAGCAGCCACCCGCCUAUGCCCAACACUCCCGCUACCUCUUUGGGGGCCCGGAAGGGUUCCUUGUGCCCCACGCCGCAGUAUGGCUACCCCUCCGCACCUUACAGCGCCCAGUGGGCUGGCUCAGCCGCACACACCCAGGCCGGCCUGCUGGCCACCUCACAACCCCUGGGACAGUUUCCACAGGUGCCCACCCCCAUACAGACCUUCCACAUCAGCACUUUGCAAAAGUCAGUUAGCCACCCUGGUGGACCCAACCUGAAGACCACGUAGGGCAGGUCAUAGCCACGCCAGGCCAAAAUAACUCUUGAUUGGGGGUGGGGACAGUCACAGAGAGAGGCAUGGGCUCCAGACUAACAGGAAGUGGCUUUGGCGUAGGCUUGGGCAAGUGUGAUUGCAGUGCAGUCUUUUCCAAAUGUUGGCACAAGAGAUUCAGUCACAAGUAUUCUUUUGGAUGAUUGAGGGAUUGAAUAGGAUAGAGCCAAGAACAAAUACACAAAGGAAGAAGACGCAAGAAUGCACAUCAAACCUGCAGAAUAUGCCAUGGAGUGAAUUCACAACGAUGCAAGGGACAAGAGAAGACUCAUCUAAAACAACGCACACAAGAGUGCAAUUUUAAGUGGCCAAAGAAGGUUGUGACAAUUUGUAUUGUUUAAAAGGUGUGUAGUGAUGGCAUCCUUCACCACUUAGCCCCAAACGUGUUACUCUGGAGUAGAGUUGAAGGCGUUUCGAGUUCACCAGUAUACAGGGGUUUGCUGACGUAAGACGGAAUUUUCAUCACCUCCACCCUCCCCGGCCUUUAUAUCCUCCUGAUAAAUGUACACUCACUGACUGGCCUCUAACUGGACCAGAUCAGCAAACAGAGGCCGAUUUGGAGCUGUGCGGAUGUCGGUGACUGGUAGAGAGAUGAACCUAGUGUUCUUGUUCCCCUCUCGCCCCAAAAGCCUCUGCUACAAUGCCAUGGAAUAAUGCAAUAAAUACAACAUUAGAAAAAAGCCCAUUUUAAAACCCAAAAAGUGGCCUUCAUUCGAUUAAAAACAAAUAUCCGUGUACAGAUUGUCCUUUGUUUUUAAAUUGGGUUAUGAGGGUUAUGAUUCCAUACGUUUGAUUGUUUUGUUGGUUCGUUUAGUCCCUAUGCCCUUCAAGCCGGCCUUGUGUAGCAGAAUGUUAGGGAGAGUUUUAUUUUUUUAUUUUUUUUCUGUUCAGAGGCCUUUCAGCUGCCCCCAAUGGUUGUACUGCAAAGCUCUACUAGAGCUCCCAGCAUGACUUUGCAGCAAACUCGCAUGCAUGCCAUCCUCUCUCGCUUCUCACAUUGGGCCUCACUGUCAAGGUGACGUGUAAUAUAGUUGAAAAAAAUCAGAUCUAUUUCAUUGGAGGGGGAUGUCACCAUAGUGGUCACCUUUCAGGCUGACUUUAUUUGCUAUUGGAUUGGAUUGGUCCCCCUCACGCCCUGGGGGCCCGUGAAGCUUUAAAUCUAAUGUAACAGCGUUUUUGAAUCAUGGCAGCAUUAGGGGCCUCUUACGAUAGUUUGAUUGAGACAUUCAAAUAAGAGAAGUUGUGUUCUGUAUGGACCUGUAUUUACUCAUCAGUUUUUGAUGUUGAAACACUGUGAUUAUUAUAAAUGUUGUUGGACAACAUUAGUUUAAAUGAAAUGUAGAAAUAAAAGCGUGAAUAUCAGAGGGUUAUAUUAGCGUUCUUGAGAUGUAAGGCUAGCUAUUUCAUAAUUCACAACUUAUUGGAGACACUUUAAUCUUUUAUUUUUCCCCCUUUGUACUUUAUAUUAUAUUCAUAAAUGUGAAUGUAAAAUGGUUGAAAUUAAUGUACUUGAAGAAACUUCCCUCUGUCCCCACACCCAGUGAGCUUUCUGAAGAUUCUAGUGCCUUGCAUUCAUUUAGUUUUUUUGCUUUUUGCUUUGGGGUUUGAUAUAUAAGGCAGCAGAGAGUGUCAAGCGUUGCGCUUGGCUGCAGUGCUCGUCUUUGGACUUCACGGAGGGUGAUUUUUGGUAUUUUACGGGAAUGAGGUAAUGUUUUGGGUGCCAUUUUGACUCUGUAAGGACUGAAAACAUUUGAUGACAAAGUCCUAAUCUUUGGGCAGUGUGUGAGAACAAGUUGUGCAGAGUUUUGAAGCUUGGGCUGUCUUUGACUUGCAAAAUGUAAGGGGUUUCUUUUUAAAGGCUUGGUGUCUGUGAAAGUGCUCGAGGGUUGGGUUUUAGAUACUUUGUUCAAACAAACUUAGUAUGCAAGCAAGCACAAGUGUGCCUAAUGUAGCACACUCUUCCAUAGCAAAGAUUAAUCAUUUGAACACCGGUUUUGACAAAAUCACAUUGUCUUUGUUGUUUGGGUGGAUUUUAAAAGGGAUAGUUCACCCAAAAAUUACAAUUAUGUCAUUUACUCACCGUCAUGUUGUUGGGUGAACUAUCUCUUUUAAUGCCACAACCAGUUCUUGUAAAGUGAGGGACCAGCUUGGAUAGGGAUGCGGGACAAGGAAAGUUGACGUGAGACAGUAUGUUGUAAGUAUUUCAAAAUAUUCUAUAGCUUGGGUGUUUUUGCAUUAUAUGCUAAAGUGGUUGACACCAUCCAUUGUCAAACCCUCUCUAGUGUGUUUAGAGUGGCACAUUUGGUUUCAAAGCGUGUUUGACCAGUAAACUCAAUUAAGUCUGUAACAGGAAGUUAGGAAGCACAGUAAUAAAUCCAGAAAAGUGAAAAAAAGGAAGUUAGCAACCCUCACCAAAACAAGAAGUCUACAGCAUUUAAAGAGCUGCUCAAGUCUAAUGCUUGCAGUUUUUCAUCCAUCCCUUUGCUUUGAACUCACACUGCCCAGACAAGUUCUCAUGUUAAUGUGCUGGCAAUGGCCUUUUGGUUUUAUGGCAGAUCAGUAGCUUCUUAUGGGGGAUCUUUCUCUAUUGUAGCAGUCUCUCAACAUUUAGUCAAGAGCUGGUCAGAUCACUCUUGUAAAUGCUUUAGUUUAUUCCGAGUAGUAGUAACUGUGCACAGACCUGCAACAUAAGACGAUGUUUUAGAUGUUUUAGUUUCUCUGUCAUAUUCAGCUGCACAUUCGACUGCAAAUUAAUAGAGAACGGUCCUAUAAUUCACUAGUAAAAACUGUACAGAUCCUUAAGAGCAUUUUAUUUGCUGGAUACACUAAUGUAAUGCAGUGAACGUAGUGGAGAUACACAUCACCUUAACUACUGAAAACGGCUUAAUUACAACUUGUUACAUAAUGCUUAGUGUAUUGUCUGAGUGAAAUGUCUGGUACCGGAAAACUUCACUUUAGGUCAACUGUACAGUAUAGAUUCGCAACUGUUUCCACCAGCCGCAAGUGACUGUGUUGCACCUCUGUAUUUAAAUAACGGUUGCUUCUCUUUUGCUUUGCACACAACGCUUUACCUGUAGACUGCUCGGUUUUUACCCAGUCUAUGCACCAUUGCAUUGUUGGGUUUGUUUAAACUUUGCCUUUAUCAAAGAGGUCCCACCUACCAAUGAAAUCUGUUUAAUACUACCUUCUGAGUGCCAUGCCCCCAUUCCAAAUACAACACAAGUGUUAAAUUUGCUCUCCUUUACUGUAGAGGGCACUAAGGUAACUGCAGUGCAGAACGCACAAUGUUAAUAAAGAUUCAUUAAUGUGACAAGUUUCCCGUUUAUGAAAAUGACAUAUUCCUGAACUCUGAUGUAAAUUAUACAAUAGAAUUGAACACUUUUUUUUCUUUGCAUGAUAGUUUGGUUACAUGUUAUGCAACCACAAGCUGCAGAAAAUGCUCUGAAAUCCUCUCAGAAGUGUCUUACUGAAUGAAACCCUCAUUCGUUUUACUUUCUAGUCGCUCUCCUGUGGAAAGAAAUACAACAGAACAAUGUUUACUUAAUGCUACUGACCUGUCAUUAAGUUAUUUUGUUUUGUACUGCUACUUCAUUCAGUGUUUUUCUGUAUGAUAGUUAACACUGUACAAAAUGUUAAAAAAAAUGAAUAAAAAAAUUACGUAAAAUGAAAACCAAACAAAAACAUGUAGGGAAUCAUCUGCAAAGUUUAGCUGUAUGUUUUGCACUAAGUAUAGGAUGUUCAAGCUUCAUAUAAAACUGUGCUUUGCGCUCCAAUAAAACAGCAUUUGUUACCUUAUUUGUAAACUUAAUAAAAGUCAUGUAAAUAAAUCAA